CGUUCAUUUUUUUUAAUUUUAGGAAAUAUCGUGAUAUUCAAAGCUAAUUAUGAAGACAUUUGUCAUUGGAAUCAGUGGUGUGACAAAUGGUGGAAAGACAACACUGGCUAAGAAUUUGCAGAAACACCUCCCAAACUGCACUGUCAUAUCUCAGGAUGACUUCUUCAAGCCAGCAUCUGAGAUAGAGAAAGAUGAAAAUGGAUUUUUGCAGUAUGAUGUACUUGAAGCGCUUAACAUGGAAACAAUGAUGGCAGACAUUUCCUGCUGGAUGGGGAAUCCAGGAAGCUCUCUGGGACCAACAGCUGGCUGCAGGACAGAGGAAAUUCCCAUUUUAAUCAUCGAAGGUUUCCUUCUGUUUAAUUAUAAGCCUCUUGACACUGUAUGGAAUAAAAGCUAUUUCCUGACCAUCCCAUACGAAGAGUGCAAGAGGAGAAGGAGUAAAAGGGUCUACGAGCCCCCGGACCCCCCUGGAUACUUUGACGGGCACGUAUGGCCCAUGUACCUGAAGCACAGGCAAGAAAUGGACAGCAUGACCUGGGAGAUCGUGUACCUGGAUGGAACCCGAUCUGAGGAAGACCUCUUUUCACAAGUAUAUGAAGAACUUACACAAGAGCUAGCAAAGCAAAGCGCCAGUACUGUGCUAGCAAAUGGGGUGGUGAAGAGCGGAGCGCCAGGAAAGUAGUUCAUGAGAUGCACAGGAAUGGUACACGGGGGGCUGUAUUCAUUCACUCUGCUUUGAGGACAGUUUAGAAGCAGAAAUGCAGGACUUGAUUCUUCUGAAAGGAUGUUUUUAGGGAUGGAAAUAUUUCUCUCUCUCAUCUCUUAAUGAUAGUUAUUUAGUUAAAAAUUUUGGUAAAUAGCUAUCCCAAUGAGACUGAUAUUAUCCUUUUAGAAGAGUAAAAUCAAAAUGCUGAUGAUUUUAAUACAUUUCAAGCUCCCCUUUUCCUUUAUUUCCUUAAAUGUU